AUGCCUCCCCGAGCCAAUGUUCCCGCGACGGCGGACAAUCCUCCCGAACGAACGGUGAUGGCUGAGAUUUGGUCCCCGUAUCGUACGGGUCAUGUCAUGGGUGACUGGAGAGAUCUCUAUAUGAACAUCCGUCCUGAGGCUGGUAACCAUGUGAGAAUGGACGCAUUCGCAGCCCUUCAGUUGAUUACCAAAGCGGCCUAUACUAUCCAACUGUUCGACGAACUCCAGUCAUACCUCGUAUCCGAGUAUGAGACCACGACCGAAUAUCACACCUUCUUUGAUCACAUGUGCGAGUACACCCUUCUUUGCCAUCUAAAAAAGGUCUACGAGGCAAUGCCAAAGGUGCCGUCGAUACAAGUGUUGCAUUCCAAGAUAUUAGCAUACUCGACCACGAUGCGGGAUGCGUAUGAGGGCAACUUCAAUCCCUCGUCUUCGCUGCAAGAUACUGACUUCAGAAUUCCCUCACUGGGCCACAGAAAAGAGAUCAAACCUAAACUCCAAAAAUUGCGCAUAAUACUGAAUGAGCUCCUGGAACCAAGCUUUAUCCGAGCACUAUGCACUCAACAGGAAGCAGCUUUCCUUUCCAAGUGCAGUCAUUUUGCCUCUGGCUACCUGCCUCAUGACCAAAUUGAAAAAGACGUGUGCCGCCUAGUAAUUGCUCUUCGAGACGAUAUGGGGGCUGGACGAGGGCUUGCGCCGAACAAGAUCCUCGGACUUCUACCCGAGACACCACACGGACUACUACCUCGUAUCCCGAGGGCUCGUCCCGGAUACAAUGAAACGUUUUGGGACUUUAGAGAGAGUUAUGCGUACCGACCCCCAAUUGGCGUUCUCCGAUCUCAUAUUAUGAACAGUUUGAGGCUAAGUGUCAACCGAGGCGGCAGGUAUCAGCGCAUUCGAAAGCCCACUAUGAAGAGCGGCGCACUUCGAUGGGUACUGGCAACUGACGGUGACGGAAGCACCGAAGGGGAGGAUAGUCAUAGAGUCUUCAUAGACUGGCUUCGAGUUGUGCCGGAGGACAGCACGGAAAACGCUACAGCCCAGAAAAAUAUCUUCUGGGUUUCUGGCCAUCCUGGUUCGGGCAAAAGCGUGUUGAUGAGGAUGAUUGUUGAUUCGGUUCUUCACGACCGUUCUAUUCUCAAGCCCAUCAAGAACCUAAGAGAUCGGAACCCAAUCGUCCUCUUUCACUUUUACCAAGACCGACAAGAUCCGUUUUACGAUGCCCAUCGAUACAUGCUCAAUGAUUUGCUUCUUCAACUCUUUGAGCAAGAGCCAUUGAUGGUUGAUAGCAUCUUCAUGCAAAGAUGGUACAAACUACUGGGCAUGAGCGAUGUGGAUGUUCCUCUACCCAGUUACAUCCCUCGAGAGGCCUGGGAAGACAACCUCAUUCCCACGGAAAAUUCACAUUGGUCAACUAAGUGGCUGGAGGAAUACUUCAUUGCCGCUUUGACCGGGCUGGACUCGUUCAGGCCGGUCUACAUAUUCCUGGACGGACCAUCCGGUUUCACAACGCAGACCUGGGAGGAUAACAAAGCAUACUAUUUCCAUUUUCCGAUGUUCAUUGAGACAAUUCGCAACAUUCAGCCCUGGCACAAAGUCAAGGACAUGGAGCAGGCCGGGGAUAUUAGAGAGGCCACACCUGUAUCGAAUUCGAUCAAGAUCAUCGUGGCGAGCAGACCAGAGAAAGACCUCCACGACUUCCACCUUCCUCGCAAAAUCAAGAAAGAUGGGUUACUUACAACAGUCGGCGUGGAAGCCACGAUGCUUCGCGUCCAGGACAUUAACGGUAACGAUAUGAAACUUAUUUGCCGCCAUAGGUUUGGGAUGUUGGAGAAAGACUACAGCACGAGAACCCCGAAAUGGCGUCAAAUGAUAAUGGAAGAGGCGGUGGAAGAAAUUGUGAGGGAAGCCAACGGAUGCUACCAAGUGUUACAAGACGCUUUGGAUGGUCAUCCCGCCACGAAGUUUAAUGAAGCUAGAGACGAAGAGUCCUCCUGUUGGUCCUGGUGUUUCCCAGGCUACGAAACAGAAAGCAAGGAAGGCCUCUACGACGAGGAUUUGGAACUCGGAAAACUUCAUGGCGAUGAUGUGUUUCUGGAGCAGGGCAGAACUGAUGCUGGUACCAGUCUGCCAAGAACAUUUAACCUCUACAGCUCCAUGCUUUCCCAAAUCUGUUGGUUUAACCAACUCAGCGAUUCUCGCAGCAUAUCGUACCAUCUCAACCUCAUCCUCGCCCACAACCACUCCCAUCGUUUUACCUCUGCCCGUUUAAAAAACCGACCUCUAUCCCUCCUCGAAAUUGUUUUAGCUGGGGGAGACAAGUUAACUUCAAGUCUCUACCCCUCAACAGAGACUGUUGACCUCCUCUGGCAGAGCUGCAAUCUUACAGUGAACAAAAUCAAUCAGGGAUUAUAUCCUUUCGUCACGCUGAAGGAUAUGGAGCCUGACCAUCAAGUCACUGCGCCAAAAGCAUCAAAGUUCUGGAAAGAUAAGACUGAAUACGAGCAAAACAACUACGCCGACCUCCUCCCUUUCGCCAACCGUGCCCUCGUCCCCAUCCACCCCCGCUUCCUAGAUUUUCUCAUCACCAUGCCCGAGGGCAUCGAGCUCCUCAACCGAGACUGCCGCUGCGAGGAUAAGGCCUUCGAACCUGAUGAGAACGGCAAGAUGGUUUGCAAAUGUACCCCUGCCAACCGCCUCAAGUGGCACCAGAAGCGAAUAAAGAAAUUACUCUGCGCUUCCGUGUUCGAACACCGCUUCUUGCUUCCCUCUGUCAAUGACCUUCGACCAAUCUACAAGAAGCACGUUCAACUGAUCGAAUCGUCAAAGGAGCUCUGUCACUUGGCGGAUGCGGUGGAAGGUGAUGAGCAGAUAGUGCAUCUUACGACUGCUCAAGAACCCUCCUCCUCCAACUCCAGGGGGGGUGUCGUCAAGGCGUUUACAGUGCCAUACCCAUCCGCCCGGACUCAAGCCGUUCCCUCCCGGAGCGCUCCCAUCCCCUGGGACAUGAAAGGAAACUGCGGAAGAAAAGAAGGUUGGUUUCCUCGGGAAUGGGUGGACGAGUUUUCGAGGGAACAGAAGGGACUGUGGGAGAGGUUAUGGGGGGGUGUUUACUUCUGGCACUUCUGGCACUUCUGGCACUUCUGGCAACAAAAAGCAGAGGAGUGA